AUGGAGGUGCUCAAGACGAACCAGGAGAUAGUGCACGAGGGCUGGCUCAUCAAGUCGCCGCCCACGAAACUUUGGAGAGCGAGAUGGAGAGAAAGGUGGUUUACACUUCGACACAGUGGAGAAUUGCCUGGCCAAUAUUUUCUAGAAUAUUAUACAGAUAAAAAAUGUAGGAAAUUGAAAGGAAAAAUUGAUCUUGAUCAGUGUGAGCAGGUGGAUGCUGGAUUAAGAUUUGAGAAUCGGAAGCAAAAGUACCAGUUUAUGUUUAAUGUAAAGACACCAAAAAGGACCUAUUAUCUUGUAGCAGAGAAUGAGGCUGAUAUGAAUAAAUGGGUUGAUGCAGUUUGUCAAGUUUGUGGAUUGAAAGCACAAGAUGAUGAACAGCAGUGUCAAAUGUUUCCAUUUGAAUCACAAGAAUCACCACCUAUUACACCAACAAGUACAAUAUCUGGUCCUUACAUACCCAUAAGUGAGUGUAUAUCUGGUCGAAGUCUCAAUGAUACAAGUUCUCUCAGUUCGGCUCUUGGUCAAGGCCAAGAUCAUUACGAUGCACCACGGAGAUUGGCUCCAUCUCCACCAAGAUCUCCUACAACUACGGAUGCCGAAAGUGUUUUCACUGAUGAUGAGUGGAGUGCUCCUGUUCCUAGCGUUAAUUGGGAAACUUUUCCAUCACCAAGUGAUUCAAAGCCAUGUAACAGUGCCAGUGAUGCAGAAAUAGGUUCUUGGAGUGUACGUAAAAGAUUUGGAAAGUUAAGAAUUGUUGAUUCUGCAGCUCUUCCUGCUGCAGAAGAAAUUCCAGCUCCACCAAGGCCUCCAAAGCCACCACAUAUGUCUUUGGAGAAUCCAGGACAUAAUUAUUUGAAUCUAGAUGGAGCUACGGAAAGUUCAAAACCAGUUACACCAGCAACACCAGCACCAUCAACACCUGCGACAGCCAUAAUUACAGAUGAAACUUACGACUUUCCAAGGUCUCAUCAGCCUGGAGUGGCUGAGAGCGGUACAUUAGGUAGACCAACACAGUCUAGACAUUGUUAUACUAAUGCGGCUCCAACAAAUGCUUCUGGAAGCGACGAUCAGCGCAUCUUUCGAUACGAUUUUCAUGACGAUGAGCCAUCAAGUCCCCGCUCGGAAUCGUCUACAACGGCCACUUAUUCAAAUCUUCCAAGUCCUCUAGCAAAACCUGAUGUUGCUCUAAGCGCUACAACUAGUGUUCCUGUAGCUGCGUCGACAUCAGCGGCAGCUGUACCUGUAACUACUGCACCACCACCUCCAGUUGUCUACCGAGAGUUGAAACCAGGUAGAAAAACAAGCGAUACUUGGUCGAUGAUAAGUAAUGAGCCGUCUCCAGGUGCAACAGGUAUUGGACCAGCUGAGCCGAGUUCAGCGGAACAUUCGCCGGCUGAACCACCCAGCAUCAAUCGAAAACUCAAACCACCAUUGAAUAGAACCAAUUACGAGAGUACAGGUCCUUUGCAACUGGCCUCACCACCGGGGCGAGGCCGGGUUAGAGCUGCUCCAAGUCCUACUCCUCCAAGCACUCACUCGAAUAGGCAUCAAUCAACUUCUGACGACGAUAAUAAUGCAUUUGAGGAUAAGGAAGAUAUUUACUACUUUCAGGAUCAAAAUACCUUCAUUCCUGCAUCGUCACGUAAAUUUGUCGAUAUUCAAUAUCUUGAUCUUGAUUUAGGAACAUCGGAUAAUUCAAGUGCAUUAACUGGACCGCCGGCACAAUCACCACCAAGCUCAACAGUGUACAAAACAGUAGAUUUUCUCAAGACGGAAGCUUUUAAUCGUACUAGACAAAGAGUCGAGGAAGAAAGAAAACAGUGUACUGACGGUUUAACAUAAAUUUUUAAAAAUCGUUCAUUUAUACGUAUAUGAUACAAGGAGGUGUAUUCUAGUGCUUGUAAUUUCUUGUCUAGACAUUUACAACUAGAAAAAGACGUUCUUUUUAUUAAAAAGAAUCUUUUUACAGCAUCGGUUGAUGAAAAAUAAGGGUUAGUGCAUGUUUAGGACUUGACAAAUUUGAUGUUACAAAAAUUGCAAUGUUAUACUUGUAUACAUUAGGGAAGAUUAAUGAAAUUUCUAAAAACGUCUCUACAAAUCGGGAUAGCGAUGAAAUGACAAAUUUCAUACAAUUUAUUUUGUAUACGCGGCAAGUUGUUGAAAUGCAUUUUUAAGAUGGCUAAUGAAGGCGAUUGGAAUAGUGAUACGAGUGCUUUAAUAAUUGUUGAGCUCGAGAUAUUCAUGUACAUAAAUAUAUUUUACAAUAUAUCCAUAAAUGAGUAUGUGCUUUGUUUCUAGUUCUACUGAAUUAGGAAAAGUAUUACAGGAUAUGAGUAAAAAUGUUAUAAUACGCAAUUCGACCGAUCGGUCUAAUCGAGUGUAACGAAUUUACUUGGUAAAUGAAAUAAAAGUAGAUAUUUUUUAUAAAGUCAUAUUUGACAUAAAAAGGUUCAACAUUUUCUGCAAUAUCAGCAUGAAUUUAUAUCAAUUACAAGUAGCAAUAUUCUAAUGGACCAAAAAAUGUUACAUUAAUUUUAACAAUUGUAUCAUAGACAAUUUUUAUCAACUAUAAAAGAUGGCUGCGGAGGUAUUGAUUUAUUACGGGCGAAGAAAUUGUAAAAUAUAUAACAAUAAUCUACUAAAUCGAUGCCCAAAAUAGGAUAAAAUAAGGUAUUAUUGAAAUUAAUUUAGAAUUUAUAAAAAGCAAUCGUUAUGCAUAACUAUCAUGUGUAAUAUUUUGUAUCAUAUCUGAAAGAAAUGUCAGUUAUUUAGUACAUAUUGAAAUAUCUAGUAGAUAUAUUUACUUCUCAUUUAUGGUGGAUAUAUGCCAAGCUUUUGAAUGUUUUAAGAUAUAACGCUGUAAAAAGUUGAGCAAUAUUGUUUUAUUUCGACAGACUUUAACUAAAAAAUUAACUCAUUUAAAUUCAAAUUAAUCUUUUUAGUAAAUCUUUUCUUUUAGUUGGCAUAAAACUAUUAUAAUAUUGAAUUCAUUAUAUAACGUAUUUAUAUUUUUUAAUUAAUCUAUGAAAAAUAACGCAGAUUUCAUCCCGAGUAUAAAAUACACAUAAACUGUCAAUUUAAUUAGUAGUAAUUUAAAGUUUAGAGCAUCGGCUUUUACUCAAUAUUAACUCUGAACAAAUAUUAGAUAACGCGUUUAUAAAUUUCGUACAAGAUUGGUUAUUUUAAUCGAUACAGGUUCAUGGUCAAAUUAACAAUAUUUUUUUCGUUUACAAUACACAUUUCGAGCAUUAGGUUUUUAUUCUGAAUCGAUGUUAUGAAAAUAUUUAUUCACGGAAUGAACGUUCAAUCAAGUAAGGAAUUACUCUUACGUGAUUGUGUAUAUAUAUAUGGUUAUUAUUUUAAGAAAGGAUUUGUAUAUUAUUUAAAACUGGAUCGAUAGCAGGUUUACUAAAAAAUAAAAUGAGAUUUUAAAAUAA